AUUCUUUUUAUCAUUUGUUUUCAGUACUAGUUUUACCUGUUUUGAUGAACUAAUUUUCUUGCAGCCUUGUCACUAUUCACUCUCUCUGAGUCACCGAUUACUACCCAUAUUCUAUCCUAAGUAGAUUGAGUUCUUUCUGCUUGUCAAAGACAUUUUUCCAAUAUACAAAAAUUUGAAAACGUAUCUUGGUUGCUUAAGCCUUGGAAGCCGAAUCUAGAACUAGCCAUUUACCAGAGAUGACUUCAGCUAACCAGUUAGAAUUCAUAAUCAGUAUAUUGGAAGAACAAGAAUCCCUAGAAAGCGCUUCUGUUUUGUUUAGAAGAAAUGUGCAGGAAUGUGACAUUUUUGUCACUACCUAUAUCAUUUACUUUUUAAUACUUGACGGCUUGUUAAUAAAUAAACACCAAAAGGUGGUUGCUUAUUAUUUGUUAUAUGAAUUUGGACGGUCUGGAUCUUCAGAAAAUCUUUUUCUACCUAGUAUUCUGAAGGAUACUCAAGAGUCAUCAUCAGCUUGCUUUUUUGAACCUUGGGAAAAGGCAUUUUGUCAUUGCCUUAUUCAAGGAAUUCCAGACGAGUUGUACAGGAAACCUCUUCCAGAUGUUAUAGAAUGGGUGACAAACAAAAAUUUCGAGUAUGAUAUGGAAUACAGCCCAAACCCUGACCUCGACAAGCCUUCCUCUACCAAUGCAUUUCAAGCUGCCAAACUCAGAUUUGAAGUUCGUAUUCCAAAUCCCAAAUCAAAAGAAAAAAAGUUGUCCCUUGAAAGCCUUGAGCUUGGCUAUUUAGAGCCAUACUUUGUAAGACCGACUCCAUCGAUCUUGGAGCCUAGGCAGGAUGAGAUUCUUUGGAUUACAUUUAGCAUGGAUAUUUCCUUUAUUAGUACCAAUUCCAGGUCGCCUUUUUACCUAAAAUUAGAUCCGGAUAUGUGUGAGAACAUUGAGGAAAUAUGCUUAUUUAAGCUGGCCCUCGAAAAACCGCUCGACAGAGGCCAGUUAGUCGAUAUAGUUACCGAACUCAGAAAAUCUCCCGGUUUUUUUAGAAAAAUCAACUUAACACCUGAAAAACUGCCCUACCUUGUGGAGAAAAAUCCUAGACUCGCUACUCAAGCAUUUGUGCAACUUAUUCAGGAAAUACAGAAUAACAAAAACGACUUGAGGUCUAUAUCAGAUUUCUGGAUGACAUUAGUCAAUACGAAAAUAAGCAAGCAAUCAAUGGAGGUCAUUGCUAGUCUCGGGACCGUGGUCGAAUUUCCUCACGAAUAUCUACACUUUUAUAUUUCGAAUUGCAUAAAGAUGUGCGAAAUGAGCUCAGGUGGGAUCAAUCAACGCCACUUGGUUUCCAUGUGUUGUAUUUUUUUACAAACACUGCUCAGAAACCAAUCUUUACGUUCGUGCGACGUAUUUGAAGUUGAACAUUUUUGCGUGACUUUCAUAAAAGAAAAAGAAGCUGCAAACCUGUUCCGCCUCCUAAAAAAGCAUUUUCAAUGAUUCGCUUCACAAACUUUCGAUAUCGGACGUUGAAAAUGACAAGUUGGAAUUUUUUAGGAUUUUGGCCUACGCAUUUAUUCAUGUAUACUAUUUAAAAUUUUCUGAUUGUUGAUUUUUUUUUU